UUUCUCAUACUGCAAGAUGGCGCUGUGGGAGAAAGAUAACAAGCAAAGAGGAGGACCGUCUUCCCUGGACGUGCUGCUGCGAUGGCUACUUACUACAGGCAACUACGAACGGUGGACACUCAACAGCAAGAUAAGCGUCGCCAAGGAAGUUGUCGUAGAGCUUGUAGCUCAUGGGAUCAAUAAUCGUACUGCAAAAGGCGUUCUCAAGAAAAUCCGCACGCUGGAACAAGAAUUUAAAUCGGCAAAAGAGUGGCUGACGGAAAAUGAUCUCGAGCACCAAUAUCUUCGCGGAGAGACAAGCAAGGGUGCGAACGACACAGUACGGCAGCUGUGUCCGCGAUAUCGGAAGCUGGUGCAUGUGUUUGACCGCUCUGCUGGCAGCAAAGCUGAGAGCGAUACAGCUCCACGUAGACGUGAGCUCAACGCCGGUCGAAGUACUCAAAAGAAGCCGCGCGUUCAGGGCUCUGGUGAUGAGUUUAACGCUAGACCUGGUACGCAGAAGAAGCCGCGAGUUCUGGGCCCUGGCAAAGAGCUCAACGCUGGGCGCGAUACGCAGAAGAAACGACGAGCUCUGGACUUGAGGAGAAGCAGCAAGGACUCAAACGGUUCAGAGGGAAAGAGUUCGGUUGUUCAUCCGUGGCCGAGCAGUUCUGGACGUCAGACAAGCGAGAAGGGCCAACUUGAUCCAGCCCCCAAGUCGGAUAAAUGUUGUGAGGCCUACAGUGAUGUGAAGGACGUGAAGGAUAUUGUCAAGUCCGAUGAAGUAUUGGACCAGCGGUUGCUAGAGUGCGAGAUUGAGCACAAGCGGACGUUGUUCAAGUGCCACCUCGAGGGAGAGCAAAAGCGAGAGGAAGUACGCACGAUGUGUGAGGUGAUGUUAUCGCGGCAUAAGCUACUGAACGCAGGGGUUGCUGAAGAAAUUGUGGAUCACAUCUUUCCGGUGGAAUACUGAAGUGAAAGUUCCGGGUGUCGAGUUCACUUUUUUUUUCCGUUAGCACGGAUAUCUGUGUAGUGCGUUCUAACAUGGAAAGGUGCUGAGUGCAAAGGUUACUUUUUCCCGAUUAGCAUGGAUAUCUAUGCAAUACCUUUGAAUGCAAAUUGUUCUAGUCUCUGAAUUGCUC